AAACAACAAUUGGCUAAAUUAAUGGUUGAGACACAAAUGCCUUGGACUCGAUGUUUACCAUUGGCACUUUUAAACAUAAGAACUAAAUCACAUAGUGAGACUGGAUUAUCACCAUAUGAAAUGUUAUAUGGUAUGCCUUAUUCACAGGGAAUGCCUCUGGGAGACAAUGUAGUUGAAGAUCGUAGUAUCCAGAAAUAUAUAAUUACUAUUGGGAAAAGGUUGCAAGAACUAAGAGAAAUUGGAAUACUGGUUCAAACACCACCUUUAGGAUUUGCUAUCCAUAAAAUACAACCAGGGGACGAGGUUUUAAUAAAAACUUGGAAAGAAGAAUCUUUACAGCCCCGGUGGGAGGGACCGUACCUUGUUUUACUUACCACCGAAACAGCUGUGAGAACAGCAGAAAGGGGUUGGACCCAUGCAUCCAGAGUAAAAGGACCAAUAAAUACCAAAACUUGGAGGGUUGAGUCCGCUCCUGGGGAACUGAAAUUAAAACUAAAAAGAACUAAUAUUCCGGAAAUAGGGCAUGCUUUACAUGAAACACCAGAAGAAGGGGACAAGCAAGCCCGCAAUGAAGAAAGUUUUCCAGGAGCUGAAUCACUCUCGAAAGCCGAACAGUGACACGAGUUUAAACAGAUUCUGGAGGUGGAUCCAACCCCAAGGCAUUUCUCACACCUUUACGAUACUCGCUGGACGACGCAGAAGGAUGUUAUACUUCCUGGUACUAUUCUUACAAGGGCAAUUGAGCCAUGGAAAUAAUUUUUUUAUUUUGGGGGAGGAAGUGGCUAAGGCUUUUAAUCUUAGCAAUUGCUGGGUUUGUGGAGGACCAGGAGAAGCUGAAAGUUGGCCUUGGGUAGCUGGCCCAGUCGAACCUAAGUGGUGGGUUAGUAAUUUGAGUGAGGUUCAUGAUGGAACACAGUUCUGGAAAGAGGAGGAGGACCCGUGGCAAUUGCAUUCAUCAAGAAAAGGUAUAUAUUGUUUAAACCGAACAGGAACAGUAAAAGUAGGAGAAAGCAUUUGUAAAUGGACUCUGUCCCCUGGAUAUGAAUGUACUGAUCCUGAAUGUGGACCUAUAAACUGUACAGCAAGUAAAGGGAAAUGGAAUACCACACAUGUCCAGCUAAAAAACGGGACUUGGCUGAGAUGCUCAUCGAAGGAAUUUUUUGGGCCUGGGUGUAAAGCCAUGGCAAGAGCACAAUCAAAAGGACAAUUUGACGUUCAAAUUUUGAGUUGUCAGCGUGAUAACACCACCAAUGAACAGCAUGUGGUAAAAGUUUACCGCUGGAGGUGGCAAAAUGAGAAUGGGACACAAGUUUCUUUUAAACAUUUCUGGUCAGCUCGUAAUAUGACAAAUCGUGAAGGAGAAAUUAGUUGUAAUUGUGAGUGGGAAUCUAGUGCGGGGGCUUGGAAGUGUAUGUAUACAAGCAUUAAUGAGGCAAACAUUGUAACGGGGCCUCUUGGUAAUGAGAACACCUUGUAUUUUCAUGCCCCAAGAAAUAAAAAGGAGUGGGACGGUCCUUUUCCAAAUGGGGUGUGGGCUUUAAAAGGACAUUAUUGGAUAUGUGGCAAACGGGCCUACAAAAGGCUACCAAAAGAUUGGUCAGGAGUAUGCUACGUGGGAUACAUAAGACCUUUAUUCUUUUUAUUAUCUCAAAUACAAGGGAAUCACUUGGGAAUAAAAUUAUAUGAUGAUAUUGAUAUUGAUAGGGAGAAACGAUACAUUGAUACCUCUUUAGCCGGAGGUAGUGCUCAAAAAUGGAGAGAAAACGAAUGGCCUCCUGAAAGAAUCAUACAAUAUUAUGGACCAGCUACAUGGAAUCCAAAUGAGGUAAUAUCUGGAGCUCGAGAACCUAUUUAUAAUUUGAAUCGCAUAAUUAGGUUACAAGCAGUUCUCGAAUUAAUAACUAAUCAAACAGCAACAGCUCUGGAUCUCUUAGCUGACCAAUCUACCCAGAUGAGGAAUGCUAUUUUCCAACAUAGAAUGGUCUUAGACUAUUUACUAGCAGAAGAAGGGGGUGUGUGUGGUAAACUAAAUUAUUCUAAUUGUUGCUUACGAAUUGACGAUAAUGGAAAAGUAGUUAAAAAGAUAACCAAGGAAAUUAGAAAAUUAGCCCACGUCCCAACACAAACCUGGAAGGAUAUGGAAUGGGAUUUAUUUUCAUGGCUGCCUGGUGGACCAUGGGUUAGAAGAAUGUUAUUUUUUUUGUUAUGUGGUGUAAUGACGUUAUUAUUUAUCGGCGAACGACCAUCCUACGCUCCCGGUUAUAUCCGUUCGGAGGCGCGGGAGCCAACCGUCCCAAGCCCCUUGACUCAGGUCGUGGGCAACGUGUGUGCUAGCCACACCACGAUCCGGGCCCCGUCUCGGGCGGAUCGGAAAAGGCGAUCCCACGACACAGUUGUGCGGCCACGAGCUGCAUGCGUAACAGCCGUGUUCUGA